GUGGAGCUUGGUGUUCAGGUUUGGUUGCUUUGGAGUACAGCUUCAAGUGAAGUUAAUCUGAGGUGAAGCAAACAGAAAAUUGUGGAGGUUUUGUUGGAAUGAAUCUGAAGUCUGCUGCAGUAAAACACUGGAGGCUUUAAAAUGUUUUCUUGCAUAAAACUCAAACUUUAAGUAGCUGCUAAUGAGGAUAGGGAAGGCAGGAAGCUAAUGUCUGUCUCAAGACACAGGACAGCUGUUUGCUCAUCAACCUCAACUGUGUGCACGGCAGAAACAUGGCUCAAGAAACUAAUCACAGCCAAGCGCCUAUGCUUUGCUCCACUGGCUGCGGAUUUUAUGGAAACCCUCGUACAAAUGGCAUGUGUUCAGUAUGCUAUAAAGAACACCUUCAAAGACAGAAUAGUAGCAAUGGUAGAAUAAGCCCACCUGCAGCUUCUGUCAGCAGCCUGUCGGAAUCUUUACCCGUCCAGUGCACAGAGGGAAAUGUCUCAGACGCUCAGUCAGCGUUAGACUCUACGUCUUCAUCUAUGCAGCCAAGCCCUGUAUCAAACCAGUCACUUUUAUCAGAAUCUGUAGCACCUUCCCAAGUGGACAGCACAUCUGUGGACAAAGCAGUACCUGAAACAGAAGAUCUACAAGGACCCAGAGCAGAGGGCCUUGUUCCUCUUGAAUGUGAUCCUCCAUCUUCAGUAUCAGAUACAACACAGCAACCAUCUGAGGAGCAAAGCAAGAAUCUUGAAAAACCAAAACAAAAAAAGAAUCGCUGUUUCAUGUGCAGGAAGAAAGUGGGACUUACUGGGUUUGAAUGCCGGUGUGGAAAUGUUUACUGUGGUGUGCACCGUUACUCAGAUGUACACAAUUGCUCUUACAAUUACAAAGCCGAUGCUGCUGAAAAAAUCAGGAAAGAAAAUCCAGUAGUUGUUGGUGAGAAGAUCCAGAAGAUUUGAGCUCCUGCUGGAAUACAAACUCCUUAUCCAUCUGCAAACUAAAAAUUGACUUGAGGUUUUUUUUCCUAGUCCUUGGGAAUGUAGAGCACCAUAUCUUGCAUAGACCUUUGAAUCAUGCAUGUCAUCAGAGGAAUAGAUUUUUGUUUUGUUUGAAAAUGACUCUGAACAUUUAUUUCCAUUGCAGUUUCUGUGGCUGGAAAGACUUAAACUUUCAAGUAUUAUCCUUUUAAGAUCAUUUGAAUUUUAGUUGAGUGCAGAGGGCUUUUAUAACAAAUGUGGAGAAAUCUUGGAGGGCUGUGAUUUUUUUUUUCCAGUAUUAAACAUGCAUGCGUUAAUCUUGCAGUUCAUUUCUCAUUGUGUAUGUAUAUAUAGCUUUUCUCUGCAGCACGAUUCCCUUUUGAUAAUGCCCUCUGGGCACAGCUAGUUAUCAGUAACUGAAUGUAUCUUAAUCAUUAUGGCUGCUGCUUUUUGUUUCAUUAACAAAGGUUAUACAUACAUAUGUUAGUAUAUAGUUUCUUUGCACCUAUUAUUUAUGUCUGAAUCAUUUGUUACAGGAGAUUUUGUGCUGAAGAGAUUUUAAAUUUUUUUGUUGGUGGUGGGUUUUUUUUUUGUUUUUUUUUGGAGCAAGGGAAGAAAAAGCUGAUGCAUUUCACUGCUGACUGCAGUUUCUUUCAGAUGACUGUUCAUCGGUCUGUGUGUACACAGUUGAAGAAUGAUCUGAAGUAAUUGUGCUGUAUUUAUGUUUUAUUCACCAGUCUUUGAUUAAAUAAAGAGGAAAACCAGAA